UUUAUUUAAUUUGUUGACCAAUCAAUCAAACAAUCAACGAAAAAAAAUGUCUUACAGUAAUAUACCGCUAGUAGUUAUGGCCAACAGUCCAGUAGCCGGUGAUACAUAUAGUCCACUCACAUGUUUGGUCUAUCUAUUCAAUCUGAUUGUGGGAACGGGAGCCCUGACAAUGCCGGCCGCUUUCGGUCACGCGGGUUGGUUGGCCAGUACGGUAAUUGUCGUACUGUUGUGUAUUGUCAGCUAUAUUACCACAACGUUUGUCAUUGAGUCCAUGUCAUUGGCCAAUGCACUCAUCAAAUAUAAUAAACAAAAAGACUAUAAGACUACCGAUGAUGACGAUGAUGAUGGAGAAGGAGACACCCAAUCGGCCUCCAGCGAUGACAAUACAUCGGGUGGCGACCGUAAAGGCAGUAAAUAUCAGGAGAAACCGUCGACGUCGGCGGCGGCGAUGGAGGAGUCGUCGUCAUCAUCUACAGGACAGUCCAAUCUUUUUGAUAUUACCGAAAAAGUCGAAUUGGGAGCCAUGGCUGACCUAUUCUUCAACAGUUGGGGCGUCCAAUUGUUUUACAUAACAAUCGUUGUCUAUCUGUUGGGCGAUUUGGCCAUCUAUGGUGCAGCCAUUAGCAAAUCGAUGCGUGAUGUUACCUGUAACUACAAACAUGACAACUGUUCGCAAAAGUUAACACUCGACGACCAGUGCUGGACAGGUGUACCGUCGGUUAGCCGUCAGAAUGCCUACCGAAUCUAUUUGGCCCUAACAUUGCUGUUUGUCGGUCCGUUUGCCUUUUUUAACGUACAAAAGACUAAAUACUUGCAAAUAGCAACAACAUUGUUACGAUGGACGGCAUUCAUCUCAAUGACAAUCAUCGCAUUGAUCGCCCUGUCCUCAGGUAAGGCCAACGCCCGGCCGUCCACAUUCACAUUUAGCGGUAUACCCAAUCUGUUCGGUGUCUGUGUCUACUCAUUCAUGUGUCAUCAUUCGCUACCAUCGUUGGUCACACCGGUUACCGACAAACGGCGCAUAUUUCGUUACAUACUAUGCGAUUAUACACUUAUACUUGGCUUCUACUGUCUCCUAUCGUUUACCGGUAUCUUUGCCUUCAAUCACUUGCAGGACAUCUAUACACUCAACUUUGAGGUUCCUCAGUGUUCGUCGGGCAGCGAGGAAGUCAUAAAACCGGUUCCCGUAUUGGACUACUUUCUACCGUUGUUUCCAGUGUUUACAUUGUCGUCAAGUUUCCCGAUAAUAGCCAUAACAAUGCAAAACAAUUUACGGACACUCUAUACCGGGUGUUUUCCGCAAAACCGUCUGAACCAGUCGUUCAUUGGCCGUCGACUACUAUUCCCGUUGAUUGCAAUCGUACCGCCGAUGAUCAUUGCAUUUGCUACCGAAGAUCUGCAAAUACUGGUCGGUAUUGUCGGCUCGUAUGCCGGCGCCGGCAUUCAGUACGUAUUUCCCGCACUGUUGGUCUAUUUUGGCCGACGGCGAUUGUUGGGCGGCGGCGGCGACGGCGAUGCCGCCGCCGGUUUCGGUACCGGCGGUAUGACUCGUAUUGUCUCACCGUUUGGCCACAAACUGUGGGUAGUCUUAGUCCUAAUCUGGUCUGUGAUAUGCAUUAUAUUAGUUACCGUCGAUCAUGUGAUUCAAUUGUCUAAAUAAAUAAUUUUUGAUUUAUAUAAUUAAAUAGAAAAAAAC